UAUUCAGCAUGACGGAUUCGGACUUGGAGCAAUUAUCAACAUUUAUGGGACACACUCCUGGAACCCAUAAGAAUUCUUAUAGAUUGCCUGAUGACGUUUACCAAUCAUCUAAAAUUGUGAAAAUUUUGCUCCUCAUGGAACAAGGUACAUCUGCUUCUUUCAAAGGGAAAACUCUUGAUGAAAUCGAAGUUGAUUUGGAACAGAACCUAGAAGAUGAACUAGAACCAGAUGAAGAUGCCAUUCCAAGCGAUGUGAAUGAUGAUAUUAAUAUGGACUACGAAACACUUGAAAGGAGUAGUAGGCAGAUUAACAUUGAAAGAAGAGAAGAAUCUGAGAACGAAAACCAGAAGGAUGAGGUUCUGAAAAGAAAGAAUAAGAGAAAAAACAACAAAAUUCAAAGAACGCCGUGGACAGAGGAACAGAAGAAGGUUGUUAAAGAAUUUUUCCAAACCAAUAUCCGAAAUAAAGUACCACCCAAAAGAAUCGAGUGUGAAAAACUCAUAAGCCAGAAUAAUGAAUUAUUGAAGAACAAGGACUGGCUUAAAAUUAAGGUUUUCAUACAGAAUGUAUAUACCCUUAAAUGUAAGGGUUAAAAUUGAAAAAUUGUAUCAAUUUCAAUAGUUUUUUCUUGAAUAAAGGUUCACGAAUA